AUGGCAGCCGCCGCCUAUGUGGACCACUUCGCCGCCGAGUGCCCCGAGUCCACGUCGAGCCGCGCUGUCGUGCAAGGGCCGCGAGAGGGGCCGGACCCUGGACCCGAGGGCGCGGCCGUGGCUGUAGCCGCUGGGCUGCCCCGCGUUGAAGAGCGCCGCGACGUCAAGGACAGCGCCUCGCUCUUCGUGGUGGCGCGGAUCCUGGCGGACUUCAACCAGCAAGCACCGGCGCCAGCACCGGCGGAGCGCAAAGAGGGCGCCUCGGCUCGGAAGGCGAGGACCCCCUGCCACCUCCCGCCCACGUCGCCCCCAUUCCACGAGCCCGCCUCUCCUGGUGGCGAAGGCGCGGCGGCCGCGCCCCUCAGCCCUGCGUGGAGCGAGCCCGAGCCGAGAGCAGAGGCGGGGUUGGAGCCUGAGCGGGAACCGGGGCCCGCGGGGAGCGGCCACCCCAACCUCAGACAAAGGGGCAGACGGGGCCGAAGUCACGCCAACCUCGAGUCCCCGCAGAGAAAGCACAAGUGCCACUACGCGGACUCCGAGAAAGUUUACAGGAAACCCUCGCACCUCAAGACACAGCCGAGAACUCACACAGGUCGGAGGCCCUCCGCCUGCAGCUGGCCGGACUGCAGCAAGAAGAUCGCGCGCUCGGAGGAGCUGGCGCACCACUGGCGCACGCACACGGGCGACAAGUUCAGCUGCCCCAUCUGCGGCAAGCGCUUCAUGCGCGGCGACCGCCUGACCAAGCAUGCGCGCCGCCACGCCAACUUCCACCCCGGCAAGCUGCAGCGGCGCGCGGGCGGCUCCCGCACCAGCUCGCUCAGCGACUACAGCUGCUCCGACGUCAGCAGCCCUACCAUCAGCCCUGCCAGCUCGCCCUGA